AUGGAGGAUGAGAACAUGACACACGCAAGGGCAUCUGCCCGGACGCGCAUCCCCCAAGCUGGUCUCCGCGAGAUGACUUCCGCCACAACUAAUUCGCGCUCGGGCAUUCUUCCUCCUGGCUCUAUUGCCAGCAAGGCGAGCGUCUCACCAGCAACCCGUCCCAAAACAGCUAAUCCCACCGAAACGAAACGAUCUGGCUCCGUCACUCGCCCGACCAACGGCCCGCCCAAAAUGCAUAAUAGAGGGAACUCCUUUGCUUCGUCGACCAUGUCACGACCAGGUUCAACCACCGCCCGGCCGACCAACGCAUCAUUCUCCGCCACCGUCGGUUAUGGCGCGCGACCACCCUCCGCGGUAUCUCGGCCACACUCGUCCCUGGGUGCGACCCGCAAGCACGCAAUUACAUCAAGCUCUCGCCCAGCAACCUCGUUGGCCACCCAUGGCGAAGAGACAGGCAGUGUUCUCGGAAAGCGAAAGGGUAUGCAAUAUUUUCCUUUGUUUCCUACCCGCACCCCCUAUUGCCCAUCUGAAACCCAAGAGGCACGGAGUCGCCGGGAUUAUGACGGGCACUCGGUCACAUCCUCUGUUGAUGAGGCUGGGACCUUGUGCUCUGACUUCUCUCGGUUGACAACGUAUGGAGCUGUCGUCGAUUCAGCGCGAAGCCCAUCUCCCAGUCGUCCCAAGGAUUGCCACAAACCUCCUAUGCCUAUGUCCAGAGUCCCUGUGCUGGAAACCCCUGUCAGACCAAGACACAACGCCCCGUCAUCUUCCCCAAUGCGUUCCAUUAGAACACCGCAGCCACCGUCGUUUCUUCGCAAGGAUUCCUCAAUCCAGACUUUUGACCAUGCUACAGGUGCCGAGUGGGACCAGGAAUCUCGGGAGAACAAUAUGGAAGACCUUUUCCUAAAGAUGAUGACGCAAUUGAACAAAACCGGACAGGAGAGCUUUGGUCUCAAAGAGACGGUGGAUCUUUACAAGACCAGAAUCAGCGAACUGGAAAGUUCUCGCGACGGCCUGACGGAAACCAAUCUGACUUUGCGGGUGGAAUUGGAAUCACUGAAAACCCAGCUCAGUACCGCCGAGAACGCAUUGAAAGAUGCACGACGAGAGCAUGAAAUAGCCGUGGAUGAUCUCGACCGCCGCCAUCGCAUUGAAAUGGAGUCGAUCAAGCAGGAUGGCAAGAAGGACUCGGAAAUACUGAGUGCCCGACAUCAAGAGGAGAUCCGGGAGCUGAAAAGGCAGUUUGAACGGAAUAUCGAGGAUGAGAAAGCUGCCCGCGUCCGGGAACUGGGCCAGCUCUCAACGCAGUCUGCGAUGGAUACCCAAAAGACACAGAUCGAAUUGGAGAAGAAGGAUCGUGAACUCACCUCUUUGGAGAAGGACAUCCAUGCCAUGAAACUUGAUCUCGAACGCGAGCGGAAGAGCACCCAGGACCUCCGCCAAAACUUGGAUAUAGCAAGUAGCAACAGCCUCACAUUAGAGUCUUCGCUGCGGGCCCUCAAGGCACGUAUCGAAUUCCUAGAGGGUGGACGGGAGGAACAAUCCGAGGCCUUUGAGCGAUGCAACCAGCAGAUGAUGGAUGCAUUGGCGGAGACUGAUGCCAUCAAGGAAAAGCUACGCAAAGAGGAGACCAUGCGGCGCAAGCUUCACAACCAGGUGCAGGAACUCAAAGGCAACAUCCGCGUGUUCUGCCGUGUUCGUCCAUCGGUGAACGGCGAACCAGAGUCUGAUGUUACCCCGAUGCAGUUCCCCGACCAGUCGGACGACGCCAAAGAGAUCAAUGUCCUAGGCCCGGAAGAGAAGAGCAGUCUCGGUACGAUUUCGCGCAAAAACAACACGUUCUCCUUUGACCGUGUGUUCGGCCCGUCAACCCAGAAUGGUGAAAUUUUCGAUGAGAUCAGCCAGCUGGUCCAGAGCGCGCUAGAUGGCUACAACGUUUGUAUUUUCUGUUAUGGUCAGACUGGCAGUGGCAAGACAUUCACCAUGUCCUCACUGGACGGUAUGAUUCCCCGUGCCGUUCACCAGAUCUACGACACCGCGCAAGGCUUGGAGGAAAAAGGCUGGCGGUACACUAUGGCGGGCAACUUUGUCGAGGUCUACAACGAGAACCUCAACGACCUUCUGGGUAAUCCAGAGGAGCUCGACAAGAAGAAGCACGAAAUCCGUCAUGACAUGCAGCGUGGUAAGACUACCAUCACCGACAUUAACACCGUGCACCUCGACUCCCCUGAGAUGGUCGAGUCCAUCCUCAAACAGGCGGCGGCCAACCGGUCCGUAGCGGCUACUAAGGCCAACGAGCGUUCAUCGCGAUCCCACUCCGUCUUCAUUCUCAAACUGAUUGGUGAGAACCAUAUCACCGGUGAACGCAGUGAAGGGACUCUCAAUUUGGUCGAUCUGGCGGGUAGUGAGCGCCUGAGCCACAGCGGUGCUACAGGUGAUCGUCUGAAGGAGACGCAGAACAUCAACCGCAGCCUCAGCUCCCUUGGCGAUGUGAUCGCCGCCCUAGGCCAGGGCAAGGAUGGUGGACACAUCCCCUACCGAAACAGCAAGCUCACCUACCUACUCCAAUUUUCGCUGGGAGGGAACUCCAAGACGCUCAUGUUCGUCAUGGUUAGCCCACUCCAGGACCACUUGUCGGAGACCUUGACCAGCUUGAAAUUCGCGACCAAGGUGUACAAUACCCACAUCGGCACGGCCAAGCGUCAGGCCCGUGUCCGAGACACUUGA